CCAUGCUACACUUCACUAGCCAUCCUGGAGCAUCAGCAUAACAUUAGCUUGCUAGCUUAAAACUCUGCUGUCAACAGAGGAUCUUCGUGUUAAAUCAUCUAUGAGUCGCAAAAGAAAUCACAGUUUCUCUGACACUAACCUGUCCCCAGGACUCCAGGGUACUUUCAUGGAGCCUCCCGGGUCGACCGACGGCGAUUUCCUGAUGCUGGAGCCCGACGAGGAGCUGCUGUGCUCGGUAAGCGACAUCAGCGAGCACCUGGGAAGGAAUAUCAGCGUGGUAUUAGAAACGGCGCUCUCUGAGAUCCGCCAAAUGGUCAGCAUGCGGAUACGAGUGCUGAAAAUGGAGCUAAGGGAGAAAACGGAGGAGAUCGCGGUGUUAAAGGCGAGGCUGAGCAGUGUACAGAGGGACACCAAGGAGCUCGGAGGAGCGAGCGUGGAGGCGGAGGCUACUGCCUGUAAGAGGUCCGAGCCGACCUCCAAGCUGCUCAACGCAGAUCCCAAGAGAGCAAAGUCUGUCCUGCCAGGGGUGAAGAAAGAGAACAUCGACGCGAUUUGUCACUACCUGAUGAAGGACAAGAACUCAAGAGGGGGCGCCGAGAUGGACGGGGAGCAGAGCAGCCAAGAAAACGACGAGAGAGGCGCUCGUCCGGAGGAAGACCCGCAUCCCCUCAACCUGUGGCCGGAUAGCGGGGUGGCAGCCUCCGGGCCUGGGCACGCAGACUCCAGUGCGGAUGACAUCUUCAACAUGCUGCCCACUAGCAGCAAACGCAUUUAUGACUACGAGUGGAUGGCUCCCAUGGAGUAUUCAGCUGACCUGAAAGUCAUGAAGCAGCCUGAGUGUGAGAACACUCCAGCUGCCAGAACCGAGGGAGAGGAGGACGAGGAAGGCUCAUCAAGACUUGAAGAGACGGCGCCCCGCUUCUCACACGUUCGGCCGGCUGAUUUCUCCAUGGUGCCGCACAGUUCUCCCGGGGAGGGCGACAGUCCCCUGCAGGGCAACACGGACAGACCUCAGACAGGUCAGCAGUUUCCCAACCACACUUUCAUCUGCUCUUUGUGUGGAACCUUCUGUCCUGACUCGGCGUUCCUGGAGGAGCAUAUUAAACUGAUUCACUCGGACACAGAAGGUGUGCAAGCUCUCCAGGCCCUGCAGAGCAUCGCCGCAGCUCCCGCAGCUGCAGGGGACAGCAGCACAGUAGGGACAGGACACAAUGAGCUUGGCAAAGGACAGGAUGGAAGGGUAGGGCCAUCUGCUGCCCACAAGGAGGUGAAAAUCAAGGGGAGAUACGAGUGCGGGGACUGCGGCCGCCAUUUUAACUACCUGGGCAACCUGCGGCAGCACCAGCGCAUCCACACGGGAGAGAAGCCCUUCGUAUGUCCAGACUGCGGGGAGAGGUUCCGCCACGCGGCUCGCUUGAAGAGCCACAGGCUGGUGCACAGCGGCGAUCAGAGCCCCUUCCCUUGCCCCCAGUGUGGCAAAGGCUUCUCAGUCCUCUCUGGACUCAAGAGACAUCAACGCGUCCACACCGGCGAGAGCCCAUACGCCUGCCCGCAGUGUGGUCGCCGCUUUAAAGAGCUGGGCAACCUGUACACCCACCAGAGGAUACACAGCGGAGCCACGCCCUACUGCUGCCAACAGUGUGGGCGCAGCUUUCGCCACCUGGGCACCUAUAAAAGCCACCGAUGUACGCCUGCAGAGUGACUCCUGCCUUACAGACGUGAUGUCCAAGUGCUGACAUUAUAACGUACUGAUAAAUAGGCCAUGAGCUAAUAUGAUCAACUCACAGAGAGUAAACAUUUAACAGGAGAAUUGAUUGACUUACCAGCAUCCUCUGGAGCCAUUGAUGAGACCAACAAAGGUUCUGCUUCUUCAGUAGUGCUACAUAGCGGUGCCUCCUCUUUUUGUCAGCCCUAGGACACAAAUAACACAUUUAAAAAUACAUAAAAAUCAAACACAUGCAAACAUGAGAGAUGAUCAAAAUAAGUCAUACAAUGAGUGUGAAUCCUUUUGGCACUAUGGCGCCCUCGUGUGGAGGGCACAAGUAAUGCAGACAAAUUGGCAUUCAGUCAAGUGUGAACGCUUGUUUGUCUAUGUGUGCCCUGCGAUUGGCUGGCAACCAGUGCAGGGUGUACCACACUUCUCGCCCGAAAAGACAGCGGGGAUAGGCUACAGCAUACCCGCAACCCUAGUGAGGGCAAGCGGGACAGAAAAUGGAUGGAUGGAUACCAGUCAAAAGUUUGAACACACUUUGUCAUUCAACAGCAUGAGCAAGUGUGUCCAAACUUUUGACUGGUAGUGUAUGUUAACACCAGACACGUUUAACUGUUCCCCAAUUUAUUGGCCGUUUUAUAUGAUGUAUAAACUCUUAAUAUAUUUUUUAAAGGUGCCAAAUAAAAACCCAAAUAACGUCUGAUGUAAUUGAUUGAUGGUCUCAGCAUUAAAAAACAAUGGAAGUGACCUUCCUAACCACUGACAACUUUAAAAAAUAAAUUAAAAAAACUACCUGUAAAUGUUGUCAAAUAGUGUUUAUCAAACUCAUUUCAGUGGGAGUAAACUCUACUUUGUCCAAUGAAAUAAAAGCUCUGUCAUACCAUACCGAUCCACAUGUUUUAUGGGCUUGAGGAAAGUUAGUUUUUAUAUGUAUGUGUUCAGUUGUAUUUUUUCAAGCACAAGUUGAGGGUUUUUGGUAACAGUCAUUUUAAGGUAUUGAAAACGUCAAUGCACUCUGUGGUAGAUAUGAGGACUUACUACUUUUUCAUAUAAAAUGCCACAGGGUGGUGUAGUGGUUAGCAUGUUGGCCACACAGUCAGGAGAUCUGAAGAUCUGGGUUAGAAUCUCUGUUGGGCAUCUCUGUGUGGGUGCGUGUGGGUUUUCUCCAGGUACUCUGGUUUCCAAAAACAUGCAUGUUAGGUAAAUUGUCCAUAGGUACGGAUGUGAGCGUGAAUGGUUGUCUAUAUGUGCCCUGCAACUGCCGACCAGUCCAGGGUGUACAUCGCCUCUCGCCUGAAGUCAGCUGGGAUAGGCUCCAGCAUACUCGCAACCCUAGUGAGGCUAAGCGGCUUGAAGAUGGAUGGACGAUAAAGAUGGUUGAUGCAACAAAUGCAUGUGUAACCACAAGCCAUCGGUAUAUUGUAAAAAAUACAAUUAAUGAAUUAUUAAUAUAUUAUCAGAUAUUACACCUGUGGCCCCCUAAAUAAACAGGUGUUGUUUUAUUUUUAAAAAAUAUAUUAAUAAAUGUUUUUUACUAAAAGGUGACUACAAAUUCAAUAUAAAGUAGCCAAAAUAUGAGUUUAAACAAAUAAUCAUAUAACCUGUCAAUAUUUAAUCAUAACAGUUUCCCUUCACAUAGUGGUUUAAUGUGAAAAGAGUGUUAUGCAAUCCAUUCCAGAUCCAGAACACGCAGUCAUUGAAAGUCCAGUCCACGUGACCACGUUUCCAUGUGGCCAUUUAUUAUGGCAGCACCUUGGUGUGUUUGCACUUAGCAUCGAGGGACUUGAAGGCUACAUUCACACUGCAGGUCAAUUCAGAUUUUUUUGCUCAUAUGUGACAAGCAUCAGAUUUUUUUCAUGUCAGUGUGAACAGUACAUUUACGAUUUUUUCAAACGCGACCCAUUUGUAUGUAGAUAUAAAUCCGAUAUGUCGGAACGCAGUCGGAACGGUGAGGUUCCAUAUGGCCGACCUAUUCGUCACCGAAAGGCGUGUUUUGCCGUGCGAUACUUGGAUAAAGGUACUCACCGAUGUAGGCAAAAGUUAUCAUUGUCAUCCAAAAAUGAUUUUUAAAAAGUGUCACGGCGAGUUCUCCACCAUUACACUAACUAAAAGCUAAGAUGUAGAUGUGAAGAUUGCUUAACAUAUAUUGACCUACAUUGGAUUGGUUCCAUCCAUCAAUUUUCUAUGCCGCUUAUCGUCACUGGGGUCGCGGGUAUCACCCUGGACUGGUCGCCAGCCAAUCGCAAGGCACAUAUAAACAAUCAUUCACACUCACAUUCAUACCUAUGGACAAUUUAGAGUCGCCAAUUAACCUAACAUGCGUGUUUUUGGAAUGUGGGAGGAAACUGGAGUACCCGGAGAAAACCCAUGCACGCACGGGGAGAACAUGCAAACUCCACACAGAGAUGGCAACCAACAAUUUACAUUCAUGUUGUUGUAACGACAGAUAACGUUAGUAGCUAAACUUUGCCAAAGUGGUAUCUUUUGCUUACAAUAACCAUAAAUAGUGCGCCUGUGUGCUAUGUCGGCGAAGCCUCUCGGCAGAUGGAUGAACCCGCUGCAAACAGUCCCUUUGAGGGAGGCUACCACUGUAGGAGGUGCUGUGCACCAAUCCUUUUUGUUAGAUCACUUAAGACAGAAAUGAGUUCCCUCUUAGAAGCCAACAAGCAUGCCGGCACACAAAAACAAAAUGAUAAUGCUUCUUGAUUUUAGAUUUGUUUUCACAGCGGAGGAGCUGCAGGGUGGAGACACGUGCAGCUCUCUCCCUGAUUCCACCAGUGAGAAAUCUAAGAUUGGUCUAAUCGAGACACAAAUAAGGGCUAGCAGACUUUGACAGCAAAUGCAAAACAUGGUCGACGUGAGCGGCAAGGUGACAUUGACAUGCAAAGCAGGGGCGGCAAGUCCAAAACAACUUUGGUUUCACUUUGCCAGAUGACCUUUUCACACAGGAAAUGAAUUCCAAGUAAACACACAAACUGCAGCUCCACAAGGGUCUCACUCUGAAGUUGAAUUGUUGUAAAUGCUGGUGAAGUGACCUGCCUCAAACAUCAUCAUUGGAGUAUUAUCAAUGCUGCAUCUUAUUACAUCUCUGUGACUUUCUCCUUCUAAUGAUCAUAGAACUCCUAUUAAAGCAAUAAA